AUGAUCAAUAUUUAUAUAUGUGACUCCCAGCGCCAUUUAACGACCAAGCUCCUUCCCAAACGUGCAGCCCGAAUCCUGCGAUCGACUCUAGAAGAACUCUACCAGCGUUUGCGCGAAGAACACAUCAGUGUGACGACGAAUCAUGUCAAUUCGACCGUCUCUACGAAUUGCGAACCCACCAACAGCCUGGACAGAGAUUUCCAGAGGCGGCGCAGGGAGCAGCAGACGGAGCACGAGAUCCAGGAGGCUUUCCUGAGAUUCAUGGCGUGCGUUCUGAAAGGAUACAGGGCUUAUCUGAUACCCAUAACUAGGGCGCCUACGGUUGGGACGACGGAUCCGCAGGCGCUGUUUCAAUUGGCGGCGUUUCUGAGGUCAAGGGAUAAGGCGCACCAGAAGUUCUUCCAACUCUUGAUGCGGACCCAGAUGUUCAUCAGAUUUAUAGAAGAGAGGUCCUUUGUGUCGGAGCAUGAUCAAGGUUUGGCUUUCUUCGAUGAAUGUACAGAACGAGCAAACAUCGAGGAUUCUCAAGACACCAGGCUGAUAGAAUUAGACAUGGCUGGCAACAGUGAAAGAACAGUUUUUGUGUUACCGCCUGAGUGCCAAACACCAGGUGAAAGUUACAAAUACGAUUCCUUUGUACUGGAUCCCACACUUUUGCUGCACAAGAAGCGUAACUUCAAGAGCCAUUUGAACAAUAUCAAUUCGUUGACUCCUGGUUCUCCAAUGGCUCGAAGAACCAAACAUGAGAUUAAGUAUGCGAUGAGGAUGGCUAAGCACAGUCAGGCGUCUCCUGAGAAUUGGGCCAAAUGUCUGUUGGGUGCUUGCUACUCGAUGUACUUCAUCGUGCUGCCUGCUGCUAUCGAUAGGAAUGCAGGAAAAGAACAGUCGCUACUAAGAUCUGCAUAUGAACUCCUAGUAAGAGCAAGCAAAUUAAAAAUACAAUGCGAUGAGGUCUGUUACAGGGUGAUGAUGCAAUUGUGCGGUGUCCAUUCAGUACCAGUAUUAGCAGUGCGUCUCUUAUUCUUAAUGAAGAGAUCAGGACUGCAACCGAAUGCUCUGACUUAUGGUUUUUACAAUCGUUGUGUGCUCGAAGCUGCCUGGCCAUUGGACAGUCCCAGUUCGAGUCAACUUUUGUGGAACAGACUGAAGAAUGCAGUUUUGGGUGCUGCCAGAUUUAAGAGGGCUGGCAGGAGAUACGCAGCGAGGAGGAUGUCUGCUAAUGCUGAUGAUAUCAGCACUAGUUUAUUGGACAUUGUCGAUGGAGCAUCACGAACGAGUUUGGAAUCAGGCCAUUCACACACAGAUCUCAUGACAGCACAAAAUUUAGACUACAUGGCCUUUGACAAGCUCAAAAAUCGUUGCAGUACAAUUGUGAGAUCUGGUAACACUCCUGAUGCACUGACAUCAGAAAACGUUUUGUCCAGUGCAGGAUUACUAAUGUCAGCUAAUACAGAAAAGCCGCAAAGAGUAAAUUCAGCUUCUUCACCACCUCCCACACCAACAGCAAAUCAUUUUAAAGGCGAAAAGAAUCCAAGCAAAGUUUUCACGAGGGCUGAAAGUUUUGCCAGUGAUGCUCAGAUUGUAGAUAAACUGCAGAGAAUGCAACUCGGAGGUGGGGAUACUGUGAAUAGUAAACGAAUCUUGGAUUUCUCGGAGGCAAAUUCAACAGAAGAGUUGGACAAAACCGAUGAUAUUAAAACCUCACCAACAAAGACUUCGCCCAGAACCCCAGUAACAUCAAACGAUCCCCUAGGAGCCCUAGACAGGCCACCAACACCAGAACCAGCCCCAGUCCUACCCGAGAACGUUGUUCUGACACAAAACAACAAUGAACUGCUCUCGGAUACUCCUCAGUUGUUCAAAGGCCAAAGGAGUGCAACGUUUGACGAAUCCUUACAUUUGGGAAAAAGUUUGCACAGGAGUGAAACGGUGCCUGCCAAUUCGGUGACAUCGAGCUUGGCCAGUUUAGGGAAUUCCUUGAAACUCAGCUUCGGUCGCUAUAGUCCUGCCCGCAUGUCUUUGCGAAAAUCCGACUUAAAACUGCCACAGCAUAUCAUUGAGAAUGCCAUCACCAGCAUCAGACUAGAUCGAUCACUUCAGCUUGGAAAGGAACAGUCGCUACUGAGAUCUGCCUAUGAACUCCUAGUAAGAGCAAGCAAAUUAAAAAUACAAUGCGACGAGGUCUGUUACAGGGUGAUGAUGCAAUUGUGCGGUGUCCAUUCAGUACCAGUAUUAGCAGUGCGUCUCUUAUUUUUAAUGAAGAGAUCAGGACUGCAACCGAAUGCUCUGACUUAUGGUUUUUACAAUCGUUGUGUACUCGAAGCUGCCUGGCCUUUGGACAGUCCCAGUUCGAGUCAACUUUUGUGGAACAGACUGAAGAAUGCUGUUUUGGGGGCUGCCAGAUUUAAGAGGGCUGGCAGGAGAUACGCAGCAAGGAGGAUGUCUGCUAAUGCUGAUGAUAUCAGCACUAGUUUAUUGGACAUUGUCGAUGGAGCAUCUCGAACGAGUUUGGAAUCAGGCCAUUCACACACUGAUCUCAUGACAGCACAAAAUUUAGACUACACGGCCUUUGACAAGCUCAAAAAUCGUUGCAGUACAAUUGUGAGAUCUGGUAACACUCCUGAUGCACUGACAUCAGAAAAUGUUUUGUCGAGUGCAGGAUUACUAAUGUCAGCUAAUACAGAAAAGCCGCAAAGAGUAAAUUCAGCUUCUUCACCACCUCCCACACCGACAGCAAAUCAUUUUAAAGGCGAAAAGAAUCCAAGCAAAGUUUUCACGAGGGCCGAAAGUUUUGCCAGUGAUGCUCAGAUUGUAGAUAAACUGCAGAGAAUGCAACUUGGAGGUGGAGAUACUGUGAAUAGUAAACGAAUUUUGGAUUUCUCAGAGGCAAAUUCAACAGAAGAGUUGGACAAAACCGAUGAUAUUAAAACCUCACCAACAAAGACUUCGCCCAGGACUCCAGUAACAUCAAACGACCCCCUAGGAGCCCUAGACAGGCCACCAACACCAGAACCAGCCCCAGUCUUACCCGAGAAUGUUGUUUUAACACAAAAUAACAAUGAACUGCUAUCGGAUACCCCUCAGUUGUUCAAAGGCCAAAGGAGUGCAACAUUUGACGAAUCCUUACAUUUAGGAAAAAGUUUGCACAGGAGUGAAACGGUGCCUGCCAAUUCGGUGACAUCAAGCUUGGCCAGUUUAGGGAAUUCCUUGAAACUCAGCUUCGGUCGCUAUAGUCCUGCCCGCAUGUCUUUGCGAAAAUCCGACUUAAAACUGCCACAGCAUAUCAUUGAGAAUGCCAUCACCAGCAUCAGUCCUAGUUUGACCAGCAAAAAGUCCAACGAACUGAUACAAGGUGGUAUCAGUACGAUAAAGAGUGCAGCCUCUACAGUUGUGAAAAAACUUGACGAGAUCAAAGAGGCCAUGUCCAAUAACACAACACCGGUUAAAGUUUUUGAUAGAGAUGAUGGAGAAUCUUGUGAUGGAUCUACUAGUGGACUCGAAGGUGAGACGAGAGUACGUAGAGUAUCAAGCGAGUUUGAUGAAUCUCGAAAAGGUAGCACCUUGAAUUUAUGGGAUUGUCAACCGAGCCAACAGUAUUCGCAUUCGUAUCCAAUUUUGCCUGAUAAUUUGUACCCGCCGAUAAAUGAGAUUUCUCAAGAACAUGCAGACGCCGAAAUAAGUCUGAGUUCCUGUUCCCAAUGCCAUAACUGCAUGGCCAUUCUCUACGAUGAAGAGAUUUUGGCAGGAUGGACACCCGAAGACUCCAAUCUCAACACCACGUGUAACAGUUGUCUUAAGCACACCGUUCCUCUGUUAUCUAUUAAUAUAAAUAUUUUAAGGCCAAGUACUAGAAAAUCAGAGGUUUUGAGUGUGCCAUAUCUUAAUCCGUUAGUACUUAGGAAGGAAUUGGAGUCUAUUUUGGCUCGUGAAGGCGACCUGUGUUUAUCCUGUGAAAAAUUCAUUGAGGAGCAUCCUAUAAUUUAUUGGAAUCUGUUGUGGAUUUUUGAAAGGAUAAAUGUAUCAUCACAUUUAAUAUCUCUUUUUGUAAGUAAUUGCUUUUUUUAA